CGUCGCAAUGGUGCACCACUCGGGCUCCAUCCAGUCCUUCAAGCAGCAGAAAGGCAUGCACACCAGCAUCAGCGAGAUCCUGAAGGAGAAGAGCCUGAAGCCGUCUCGCCGCAGCCUGCCCUGCCUGGCCCAGAGUCAGACUCAUCCAAUCAACCUCAACCACUUCCUGUCGGUGCCUCUGAGCCCGGAGCCCAAACCAGAAGUCGAGGGUCUGAGUCAGAGCAUCAGCACCUCCUGCAGCCUCCUGCCCCCGCAGACAGCAGAGGAUGGAAAGGAUCAGUACGUGGAGGAGUCAGAGGUGACUACGUGUGAAACAAAGGCAGACGAGUCAUUCCCGCUCCAAAAGCCUGUCAAACGUGCUAAAUUAGAGGCCCGCGCAGAUUCAGUUCAGGGAAAGCGUCCAGCUGGGUCCUCCGGGCUGUUUUUCCGAGAUGGGAAAAAGCGUAUUGACUACAUUCUGGUUUACAAGAAGUCCAGUCCACAGGUGGAAAAGAGGUGCACCUUUGAGAAGAAUCUACGUGCUGAGGGUCUAAUGCUGGAGAAGGAGCCGUCGUUGACAAACAACGACAUCAUGUUUGUGAAGGUCAAUGCUCCGUGGGAUACGCUUUGCAAAUAUGCAGAACAGAUGAACAUCCGAAUGCCUUUCAGGAAAAAAUGUUACUUUACGGACUGGAAGAGCAAAACCUUGGGAAGAUUUCAUCUGAGAUGUCGUCAGAUAAAAAGCUGGCUUCCCAGAAAUCCCAUGAAGUUGGACAAAGAGGCUUUGCCUGACCUGGAGGAAACCGACUGCUACACAGCCCCCUUCAGCAGAGCUCGCAUGCAUCACUUCACCAUCAACAAUAGAGCGACCUUCUUCUCCAAUUCCACCAGAAGCCGAAUAGUUCAUCAUGUGCUGCAGCGCACCAAGUAUGAGGAAGGAAAAUCAAAGAUGGGUAUCAACCGGUUAUUGGGUAACAACACAUAUGAGGCUGCAUUUCCUCCUCAUGAGGGUGGUUACAAAAGCAGACACCCAAUUAAGACGCACGGUGCCCAGAACCACAGGCAUCUUCUGUAUGAGCGCUGGGCCCGCUGGGGAAUCUGGUACAAAUACCAGCCUCUGGACCUCAUCAGACGGUACUUUGGAGAGAAAAUCGGUCUUUACUUUGCAUGGUUGGGCUGGUACACCGGCAUGUUGAUCCCUGCCGCCCUGGUCGGCGUUUUUGUCUUCCUCUAUGGUCUCUUCACUAUGGACUCCAGCCAAGUCAGUAAAGAGAUUUGUGAAGCCAACACCACCAUCAUGUGUCCAAUGUGUGAAGAAACCUGUAAGCCGUGGACGCUCAGUGACAGUUGUGUCUAUGCGAAGGUGACCCAUCUGUUUGAUAAUGGCGGCACUGUGUUCUUUGCCAUCUUCAUGGCUAUUUGGGCCACAGUAUUCCUGGAGUUCUGGAAGAGAAGGAGGGCAGAACUGACUUAUGACUGGGACCUCAUCGAUUGGGAGGAGGAGGAGGAGGAGCUGAGGCCUCAGUUUGAAGCCAAGUACUCCAGGGUGGAGAGAGUUAACCCCAUCUCUGGCAAGCCCGAGCCUUUCCAGCCCUUCUCAGACAAACUCAGCCGGCUCAUGGUGUCUGUGUCCGGAAUAUUCUUCAUGAUUUCCCUCGUUCUGACCGCGGUGUUUGCCGUGGUGGUUUUCCGUCUCAUCGUGAUGGAGAAGUUUGCUUCCUUCAACUGGUAUUUUGUGAAGACGAACUGGCAGUUUGCCACCUCUCUCACUGGCGUCUGCAUCAACUUUAUGAUCAUCAUGUCUCUCAACGUGGUGUAUGAAAAGGUGGCCUAUCUGCUGACAAAUUUAGAGCACCCACGGACAGACUCGGAGUGGGAGAACAGCUUUUCUCUGAAGAUGUUCCUGUUCCAGUUUGUAAAUUUGAACAGCUCCACAUUUUACAUCGCUUUCUUUCUUGGAAGGUUUGCUGGCAGGCCUGGAAAGUACAAUAAACUCUUUAAUCGAUGGAGAUUGGAGGAGUGUCACCCGAGUGGCUGUUUGAUUGAUCUCUGCCUGCAAAUGGGAGUCAUCAUGUUCUUCAAACAAAUCUGGAACAACUUCAUGGAGCUUGGUUAUCCUUUGCUGCAGAACUGGUGGUCUCGUAGGAAGAUGAAAAAAGGAGGUGGUGGAGGGCCGAAUGUAGAGAGUAAAGCUCAGCUUCCACAGUGGGACAAAGACUGGAACCUGCAGCCGAUGAACGCCCAUGGACUGGUGGACGAAUACCUCGAAAUGGUUCUCCAGUUUGGCUUCACCACCAUCUUUGUAGCGGCGUUCCCGUUGGCUCCUCUCCUGGCUCUCCUCAACAACAUUAUUGAGAUCCGUCUUGACGCCUACAAGUUUGUCACUCAGUGGAGGAGACCCAUGCCUGCCCGAGCCACCGACAUAGGUAUCUGGCAUGGGAUUCUCGAAGGUAUCGGCGUGCUGGCAGUCAUCACCAACGCCUUCGUCAUCGCCAUCACCUCAGACUACAUCCCCCGCUUUGUUUACGCCUUCAAAUAUGGCCCGUGUGUGGACAAGGGACACCACCAUGAGGAUGAGUGUUUGCGAGGCUACAUGAACAGCAGCCUGUCUGUGUUUGAGGAUACGAAGAACAGCAGCAAGAUCAGGUACUGCAGGUACAGAGACUACAGAGCGCCGCCCUGGAGCUCAGUGCCGUACGAGUUCACCCUGCAGUUCUGGCACGUCUUGGCUGCCAGACUGGCCUUCAUCAUCGUCUUUGAGCACCUGGUGUAUGGGAUCAAGUCCUUCAUAGCGUACCUCAUUCCGGACAUGCCCAAGGAUCUCUGUGAUCGUAUGAGGAGAGAAAAGUACCUGAUGCAGGAGAUGAUGUACGAAGCCGAACUGGAGCACCUGCAGAAGGAGAGGAAGAAGAACGGACGGCGUUAUCACCAUGAGUGGCCUUAG